GGCCUUCGUAGGCCCCUCCUUCUCGGGGUUCGACGAGGAGGAGUUUGACCCAGAGAUCCACGCUCCCGUCAUCCAUGACACCAUCACCAGCUCACCACCCGACAGCGACCUGUUGGGCUCCACCCUUUUGCCAUGACCUCGGAAGCAUCCAUGCUCUUCUCCGAGGAGCCCUCCUUCGUCCCGCCCUCUUCUGACAUGUUUACUGACAUUGGCUAUGGCCAUGAAAGCCCCAUGGAAGAAAUCCUCGCCCAGGAAAGCCGCACCCCUGAAGUCCUUUCAGAGGAAAGUAUGUCCCCUGAAGAAAGCCACACCCCUGAACCCUUUCCUCAACAAAGCUCCGCCCCUGAAGGUCUCCUCCGGCAAAGCCCCUCCCCUGAAGGUCUUCCUGAAGAAAGCCCUGCCCCUGAAGUUGUUGCUUUAGAAACUGUCACUCCUGAAACCCUUUCCCCAGAAAGCUCUGCUUCUGAGGUGCCUCUUGAUAGGAGCCCAUCUCCUGACAUCCCUCUCCCAGACGUCCUGGAAGCCUCAGCCCCUGAGGUUCUCACCCAGGAAAUCUCCGUCUCUGAACCACGGUCUGAGAGGAGCCCCACUCCAGAGCCCGUCCCCAUAGAGGUCACCCCUGAUGUCAUCUCGGCUCCUGCCCUUGCGGCCCCUGCUCCUGAGGUCGUUGAGAACCUUAGUCUGUCCAUGCAGGGCUCUCCCCCCGCCGCUGACACUGCUCCCACACCUGAGACCAGACCUGUUGAAGGAAGCCCUGCUCCUGUUAGUCUGGAGCCCGAAACCAUCCCCUCUGCUUCAGCGCAGCAGGAGCACGAGGAGGAGCAGGAGGAGCCAUCGUUGGAGGUGGAGGUGGUUGAAGUGCCUGGGAGAGUGGAACCUGUGGAAGCAGAGCCAGUGGAGGAGGUGGUCAGGACAGAUCCAGCAGCAGAAGGAGACGGCCUGCGCCUGAGGCACACGAUGCCGACUCUAGGCCGAAGCUCCGAGGAUGAAGAGGAAGAGGAAGAGGAGUUCCAGCUGGCCGAGAGGCGGGAGGAGAAACAGGGCUUCUCCCUCAACAAGCUGAUCGUGGGCGCCCUGGUGCUCCUGUGCCUGGGCUCCCUCUUCUUCUCAGAUGACGGCUUUGAUGGCUCAGAAAUGACAGAACAGGAACUCUUGGAAAGACUUGCUCAAGAAAACCAACAGAUAACCAUGCUUGAAGCUCAGCUACAGUCCCAGAAGGAGGAUCUGGACCAGGCUCUUCGAGCUGAGGAGGCAGGGGCUGGAGCGCUGCAGAAAGAAAAUGCAAAACUGAAGGAUGAACUCAGCGCCAUGCCUGGCCUUAGAGAGGAGCUGGAGAGUCUUAGAGCCAGAGUGGCAGAGCUAUCCCAGCUAACAGUUCGGGAGUCAGAAACCACACCCACAUCUACAGACACGGUCGCACCGCCAGACCAGCCUGAGACAGCAAAUCGGAUCUCUGCUGUGCCAGAGCAGGGGGCGGAGCAGGGAGCGGAGCAGGGAGAUAGAGGAGAUGGCUUGAAGGUGGCGCUUCAGAGGCAGAAGAGCCUCCUGGAGGACAGUCGCAAGCGGCUAGGGGAUGAAGAGGUCUGUGGGUAAAAAGAAGGGUGUGAGGGAGGGUCUGGUGGAGAUGCAGAAGAGGCUGAGUGAGCAGGCGGAGCGCCUGGGCAA